GCAAGUAAAGAAAGAAAGAAGGCAUAGCAGCAGCCUUGGGCGAUAGAAAUCGCUGGAGCUUCUUGAAUGCAGUUUUUUUCGUACUUGACUUGGUCUCUUCUAUCCGCAUUAAAUUUUACAAGAAAAAAAAAAGCAGGGAAUCUACAGCAGCCUUUAACUCAUUAAGGAAGAAGUCAGAGCCACUGACUCUUCAGAUACCCUUCUACACAUAACUCCAAACAAGAAAGCCUCAAAUCCAUUUCGCACUCACCCACGAAACGCUUUCACUUAUGUGUUUUUUAUUUUUUGGAAUCUUAAAAAACUUGAGGUUGUCUGAAAUGUAGACAAACAGGUGAAUACAAGAUAGACUAGUGUACAAGGUCUCAGUCUUUGUUUACACAGAUUACUUGUAAUCAACCAUGUCAAGAUGAAUUUAAUGGAUGGAUAUCUUAUUGUUCAGACAAGCACAGGCGCUUGUAAAUAUAUGCAUCUCCGCUGUUGAUAUCUGCUUGAUUUGAUUUCUGAUUUUCAGGUUCGGUUUCUGUUCACUUCUUGUGAUUUCUUGUCAAUCUUUUCUUUCUCUGAAUUCUUAAUACUUACACAGGGAACUCUCGACGUCUGUAAAUUUCCUGAUUUUGUUUUGUUAGUUACUUCUAUAAUUUCAAGAAAAAAUGGAAAAUUCUGAUAGCAGAAGCAUUUCUGAGAUUGAAUCAGAGCAACAAGCCUCGACAGAAGAGGCGGUAUCACUUGCUAAGAACUUGGAAUUCGAUAGAGAAGUAUUCGCUGAAUUUGCAGUUCUGCUUGACAAGUUCACACCGAUUCUCAUAUCAAUAAACGAUAAUGAAAAACUCAUGGACAGGCCAUCAGUUCAAAAGGCAGUUGGAUCCAUUGAAAAAGAGCUUAGUCGCGCUAAGGACUUAAUUGAAGGAGCUUGUUCAAGAUCCCCCAUCAAGCAGAUUGAGGUUGUUACUCAAGAACUUGGGAGAUCAUUAGGCCUUGUUCUCUUUGCAAGUAUUGAUGCAUCCACAGAAGUCAAACAAAGUAUUGCAGCAUUACACAGAGAAUUGAUGAAUGUGAAGUUUGAUACCAGUUUUACUCCAAGUCCAAGUCCAAGUCUCAGUCCUAGUCCCAGUCCUUGUGCAAAUCAUGGUCCUAGACCAAACAAAGAAUCAGGGUUUGUUAGUGAGCAACAUUCUUUUAUUAAUGAAAUCGAGGAGGAAAAAAUUAGUCUUAGCAUUGAUGAUGUUGUGCGACAUCUCAAGUGUGGAAAUGAUGAAGAAUUCAGGCUUGCACUUUUGGUCUUAGGUGAUUUAAUUAGGGAUCAAGUAAUUGAAAAGGAGUGGAUUAAUGACGAAGAUAUCAUUCCAAUUCUGUUUAAUCGACUUGGCUCGAGCAAGCCUCACAACCGGUUAACCACCAUCCAGAUACUGAGAAUUCUUGCUUUGGAGAAUGAUGAAAACAAGGACAAAAUGACAGAUGCAGUCUGUUUGUCAGUGUUGGUGAAAUCUUUGGCACGCGACGCGGAUGAAGGAAGGGAAGCUGUAGGACUGUUGUCAGAACUCUCUGAUAUUUCUGCCGUUAGGAGAAGGAUUGGAAGAAUUCAAGGGUGUAUUGUUAUGUUAGUCACCAUGCUUAAUGGGGAUGAUCCAACUGCUUCACAAGAUGCGGCGAAGUUGUUGGUUGCACUGUCAAGCAAUCCUCAAAAUGUGCUUCAUAUGGCUGAGGCUGGUUACUUUAAACCUCUAGUUCAUUGUCUGAAGGAAGGCUCUGAUAAGAGCAAGGUCCUCAUGGCAUCAGCAGUUUCAAGGAUGGAGCUCACAGAUCUGUGCAGAGCCUCCCUUGGCGAAGAUGGGGCAGUUGAACCCCUUGUAAGGAUGUUUAAAUCCGGAAAACUUGAAGCCAGGCUAGCUGCUUUAAAUGCAUUACAAAAUCUAUCAAACUUGACAGAAAAUGUAAAACGUUUAAUCAGUUCAGGCAUUGUAGUACCCCUGCUCCAGCUACUGUUUUCCGUGACAUCUGUCCUUAUGACUCUCCGUGAGCCGGCAUCUGCAAUACUUGCAAGGAUUGCUCAAUCAGCAACUAUUCUGGUUAAACAAGACGUAGCCCAGCAGAUGCUCUCACUUUUGAACCUGUCUAGUCCGGUGAUUCAGUAUCAUCUCUUGCAAGCUCUAAAUAGUAUUGCAUCCCACUCUAGUGCAUCCAAAGUAAGAAGAAAAAUGAAGGAAAAUCGUGCAGUCCAGCUUCUUUUACCCUUCCUGGCAGAAAGCAACACCAAUACCAGAACUGCUGCAUUAAAUUUGCUUUACACCCUUUCUAAAGAUUCACCAGAAGAGUUCAUGGAACAGCUCGGAGAAUCCUAUCUCAGUAAAAUUGUCAGUAUCAUCUCAUCACCAGAAUCUGAAAGUGAAAAGGCUGCCGCAAUCGGCAUUUUGAGCAAUCUUCCUGUUGGCAACAAGAAAUCAACAGAAGCACUGAAAAAAUUACAUUUUCUGCCCAUUCUGAUCUCACUAAUGAGUUCGGGCGCAUCAUCAUCAACAACAUGGUUAGAAGAGAGCAUCUCAGGCAUCCUUAUUCGCUUUACCGUUCCUUCUGAUAAGAAAUUGCAGCUUUUUUCAGCAGAACUAGGGAUUAUUCCUAUCCUUGUGAAGUUGCUGUCAAGUGAAUCAUCAGUAGCCAAGUGUAGAGCAGCAACCUCACUAGCUCAACUAUCGCAGAACUCCCUAGCCCUUCAAAAGUCCAGAAAAUCGCGGUGGAUAUGUAUGCCUCCUUCUGCACACACUUUCUGCCAAGUCCAUGAUGGCUAUUGCGUCAUUAAAAGCACAUUUUGUUUGGUCAAGGCCGGUGCUGUCCCUCCACUGAUCCAAAUAUUGGAAGGUAAAGAUAGGGAAGCUGAUGAAGCUGCCCUCAACGCCCUCGCAACGCUCUUGCAAGAUGAAAUUCGGGAGAGUGGAAGCCUCUACAUAGCCAAAACAUCUGGUGUUCAAGCCAUAAUAAGAGUGUUGGAAUCAGGAACUGUAAAAGCUCAAGAAAAGGCACUGUGGAUGUUGGAGAGAAUUUUUAGAAUUGAAGAGCAUAGAUCACAAUAUGGAGAAUCUGCCCAGGUGGUCCUCAUCGAUCUUGCGCAGAAUGGUGAUCCAAGAUUGAAAUCAACAAUUGCAAGAGUCUUGGCACAGCUUGAGCUUUUGCAAGCUCAAUCUAGUUACUUCUGAGAGAGAAUUUACUUAGUGUGAGCAUGAUGUCGUGCAUGCAUGUGAAUUUUUUUUUUUAAUGAUUUUAUACACAUUAUUUCAUUCACUUGUUUUUCUCCCUUGAUAUAUUUAGAUUAUUUAUUAACCAGGGGAUGGAUUUCCUCUCAAA